AUGGGCUUUUGCUUCGCUGUUUGUCAAAUAGAGAAGCAAAAGAAGCUCUUAAAGAAGCUCAUGAUGGUAUCUGUGGAGCUCAUCAGCCUGAUCCUAAGUUAUGGGACCGACUACGUAGAUUGGGUUAUUACUGGCCUAACAUGGUACGGCAUUCCAAGAUGUAUCAUUCAUGAUAAUGAGCCCCAAUUCGUUAGCCAAGCCUCCACCCGAUAUUGUGAUAAAUUUAGGAUCAAGAAUUUAGCUUCAACGGCUUAUAAUCCUGCUGCUAAUGGGCAAGCAGAAGCAUUUAACAAGACCAUCGUCAGAAUUCUCACUAAGGUAGUGUCAACAAAUAAAAGAGAUUGGAAUGAGAAGUUGGGUCAAACACUCGCAAUUGGUAUGACGACGGAGGAGAGUCAUCACCGACGUCUUGAAGAAUUAGAAGCGCUUGAUGAAAAACGACUAUUGGCUCAGCAACACAUUGAGCUUUAUCAAGCUCGGAUUUCCAGAGCGUUCGAUAAGAAGGUUAGAUAUCGCACGUUCAAAGAAGGCGACUUGGUUCUUACAGUUCGGCGUCCAAUGAUUUUGAACUCUAAGAAGAAAGGGAAGUUUGAGCCAAAAUGGAAAGGGCCAUUUAUAGUAGAAACUGUCUACUCAAAUGGACCCUAUCAUCUUAUCACCCAAGAUGGCCACAAACUUAUGAUGCCUAUUAAUGGUAAAUUUCUGAAGAAAUAUUACCCGUAG